CUCAGCGAGUAGACCCAUGCACAGUUAUUUGCCACUUACUAGCAUACAUCUACCACUUGUCCAGUUCUGUACUCUCUUCAAUUCCUUCUUUAAAUUGAUCGACUUCACCCACAAAACUCACAACUUCUUAUCUAUCUAUUAAGGGAUUUCACCAUACAUCAACUACUCAUUCAGUUUCCCUCUCCGGUGAGAUUACAAUCUGAAAUUUAUUUGAAUGACAAUGCAGUCGCUGGAAACACAAAAAAUGCCGGAUCCAGUACAUAGUAGUUACCAUUCCAAGAAUUUUAAUAGUGUCACUUUGAGGUAGGGUUUGAACGGAUAGGAUAAGAUACAAGUUGAUUUGUUGCCUCCUCCUAAGAGAAAUUUGACUAGGAAGCUUAAUUCUGUUUCUGCAGCUGGAGUUGUGUCUCUUGUUUGGGCUCUGUAUGUGAAAUUUGCGCCCAAUGUUGUGCAGGACUUUGUGCAGCAGCUUGUACUUCUUGUUGUUUUUAGUUACAUAUAAUCGUCAUCUGAUCAUCUCUAUUUGACAAGUUACAAGUCCAAUUACACGUGCAAAUUCUCGCAACUUUUUAUCAUUUAUGUAAUUAUUCUCAGAUACAGGUUGGCAUGAGUUCUGUUGUAAAAUUUAGAUGAUUAAAUAACAGAUAAUGUUUUCUUAAAUAUUGUGAGUGUAAUUCAAUCAGAAGUUGAUUGCUUCGAUCGGUUCCAGAGUUGUAUAUGUGAGGGGAAUGAUGCUCAUUUUCUAAAGGGACUUUGUAGAACGCGAAUGUCAUCUAUUCCCAGCACCUUAUACUCUGUCUUUAUAAAAGUAACUUUGUGUAUUAAUGGAUUCGUUUUUUCUGAGUAUUCCUGCGUACAUUGAAUCGAGUUGGAGGGCUGAAAAUUAAAUCUUGUCGCACGCCCAGAAACUCAAAUCGAGUUGGCGGUGCAGGAAAGAAAGGACCACAGGAUCAAUUUUCUCAUGUUCAUUUGACAAACUGAAAAUUUUCGUCCCUCUGACCUCUGGGACAUGAACAAGUUUACGAACAAUAAUUACUAUCGCAAUCUCGCUCUACGUUCCCAGUGAUUUGUGAGUACUACUCCAAAAGUUAACCUGAUUUGUAAUCUAUUGUAUUUUUGAUACAAUCUGUGAGAGAACUGGAGAGAGAGAGAGAGAGGAAUGAAGAAUCUUCAUUGAUGAAACAAUUACGAUGAGUUCAAAAUAACAUGAUUACUCUAUAUACAAUGACCACAACUUGUAAGUAAUCUGUAACAAUUUCCUAACUAACUGCCAGGCUGUCCUCCAGGCUGUCUUAUGUGCUUGUUGGUUGCUUAGCUGGCUUGGUUGCUUAGCUGGCAGUGAGCUGGAGUUUAGUGCAAUGUAGUUAUUAAUUUUCACUCAGAUUAGUUAUUACUAAUUUAGCAUAUUUGAACCCGUGUUUGAUCAUGAAAUUUAUAAUGUUCAUUUUUUCCGAACUUGUUAAGUUCCAAUUUUCAUGAGCUAUAUAAGAGAUAGAAACACAAAUAUCUGGAGCGAGCAUCAAGGAAAACCAUGCAUUUUCGCAUCCGAUUCAAUAGUCCCCUGCAUUCCCUCUCCUCCAUUCUCUGCAAAACAAAUACACUUCCUCCUCCAUUCUUUUUUCUCUCAUUUUCCUAACCAAAUUUCUCACUUUUCAUAAUUCAUAAUCCACAAGUCCUGAAAUAUGAGAGAAAUUCUGCACAUUCAAGGCGGGCAAUGUGGGAACCAGAUCGGGGCAAAAUUCUGGGAAGUAAUAUGUGACGAACAUGGUAUUGACACUGUAGGAAACUACAACGGGGACUCUGAUACUCAGCUUGAGAGAGUUAAUGUUUAUUACAAUGAAGCUAGUGGUGGGCGUUAUGUUCCGAGGGCUGUCCUUAUGGACUUGGAACCGGGUACUAUGGAUUCCGUUCGUGCUGGUCCUUAUGGACAAAUAUUCAGGCCAGAUAAUUUCGUGUUUGGCCAAUCCGGUGCUGGUAAUAAUUGGGCUAAAGGACAUUACACGGAAGGAGCUGAACUUGUCGAUUCUGUGCUUGAUGUUGUUAGAAAGGAAGCUGAGAAUUGUGACGCCAUGCAAGGUUUCCAAGUUUGUCAUUCACUAGGAGGAGGCACUGGAUCUGGUAUGGGCACUCUUCUCAUUUCAAAGAUCAGGGAGGAAUAUCCGGAUCGAAUGAUGUUAACAUUUUCAGUCUUUCCUUCUCCAAAAGUUUCUGACACUGUCGUCGAACCAUACAAUGCAACUCUUUCUGUUCAUCAACUUGUUGAGAAUGCUGAUGAAUGUAUGGUUUUAGACAACGAGGCACUUUAUGACAUCUGUUUCCGCACCCUCAAGCUUACCACUCCCACUUUUGGGGAUCUAAAUCACCUGAUUUCUGCUACUAUGAGCGGUGUCACAUGUUGCCUGCGUUUUCCGGGACAACUGAACUCAGACCUUAGGAAACUGGCUGUGAAUCUUAUCCCAUUUCCGCGAUUACAUUUCUUUAUGGUUGGUUUUGCACCCUUGACAUCCAGAGGUUCUCAGCAGUAUCGUGCCCUCAGUGUCCCUGAGCUGACACAGCAAAUGUGGGAUGCUAAGAAUAUGAUGUGUGCUGCUGACCCGCGUCAUGGACGCUAUUUAACUGCUUCAGCAAUGUUCCGCGGUAAGAUGAGUACAAAAGAAGUCGAUGAGCAGAUGAUAAAUGUCCAGAACAGGAACUCUUCCUACUUUGUUGAAUGGAUACCGAACAAUGUCAAGUCUAGUGUCUGUGACAUACCUCCAACGGGAUUGAAGAUGUCGUCGACCUUCAUAGGAAACUCAACUUCUAUCCAGGAGAUGUUUAGAAGAGUGAGUGAGCAAUUCACUGCUAUGUUUAGGAGAAAGGCUUUCUUGCACUGGUACACUGGUGAGGGAAUGGAUGAGAUGGAGUUUACGGAGGCUGAGAGUAACAUGAAUGACCUUGUGGCCGAAUACCAGCAAUAUCAGGAUGCAACUGCUGAUGAGGAAUAUGAACAAGAGGAAGAAGAGGAAGCUGCAGCUUGAGUCUGAUAUCUAUGUCAUCAAAUACGAUAUCUGUAAUAAUUAUGCAAUGAUCUCCUUCAGCAGGCAAUCAUGUCUUGUCUGAAAGGUUCAUCAAAUUGACACCAAGUCUAAUAUAUUCUAUUGGUGUGUCUUGUUGUUUUCA